UAGGUUUCACGCAAGCACAACGAUUACGGAUCGACUUGCCGUAACAAGCAUUUCAAGAAUAGUGUAUAACCCACUCCGAGAGGAAAAAGAUUUGGAGGUUGUGGUUUACUUUCCGGCAUCGGCUGUACUCUCAAAGAUAGAUUUGGGGGGACGCACUCAGAUUAUAGAGGAAACCAAUCUUACACAAAGUUUGAACUCUGGACUGCAGAAUAAAACUGAUAGAACUGAUAGUUGUAAUUGCACAGAACAAACUUUUUCAAAGUUUUUAAUAGUUUUGGGUCUACGGGGCCUGGAGCAAGUAACAAUAAAUCUAUCAUUUGAGGAAGUUCUAGAACAGAGGAGAGGAAAUUAUGAAUACAACGUAUUUCUCAGUCCAGGAGAAGUUAUUGAAGAUUUCUCCGCAACAUUCUCUAUCAAGGAUUCAGCAAAGAUUGGAAAUUUCAGCCUAUCCUCUCCCUAUAUAGACAAGGUGGACGAGUUUAUUAACAUGACAAAGAUUGAUGAAGAAGAAUAUUUUGUUGAAUUUAGGAUGAAUACACAAGUGCAAGCUGCAUUCGGUCAAAAGGGAUUUAUUGGACCGCUGACUGUCAAGUUCUCACUGAAAAAGGCCGGAAAUACACAAUUGGAGAGUUUUGGAGAGAAUUUUAUAUUUUCUCUUAGAAUUCCAGGAUACUUAGAACCAAUACCCCAGCACGUAAUUAUUCUGGUUCCCUCUUCGUCUUCCAGUGUGCUGAGGAACUUUAUUCAGAAUAUUAUAUUAGGAUCUAUGGAAAAGAUUAAACCUUGGGGUCAGCUUACUUUGCUCCCACAGAAUAAUUCAACAACUGGGUGUUCAUCAAAAUAUAAUUAUCCGUACAAAAGAGGUUUUAUCAAUACAGUGAUUUCUAUAAACUUUGUGCCGGAAAG